AUGGCUACAGUCUCUGCCCCCUCCUCUCCCUCUGUCCUCCACCACCUCCUUGAUCUCAACUUCUCCUCCUGCCCCUGUCCAUCCAUCCAGACCCUGAAUGCCACCACCCUGCCACCCCCCAUCAACCCUCCCUCCUUUGGAUUGUCCUGUUUCACCAUGACCCUGGGUGGCCUCUCCAACCUAAGCGCCCUGGGCAUCCUGGCCAAGUCCUAUGUACGCUUCAGACAUCGGGCCAAAGCUCCGUUCCUGCUGUUAGUGGGGGCUCUACUGCUAACCGACCUGGCUGGUAAUUUGAUCCCUGGUGCCUUUGCCCUCCAUCUGCACCUGGGUAAGAGUCGGAGGCACAGGGUGGCUGCAGGAAUGCGUGACACCACCGAGCCUGCCGGGAUGUUCUGCCAACUGUUCGGUGCCAGCUUGGUGUUCUUCGGCCUGUGUCCUCUAUUACUGGGCAGUGCCAUGGCCGUGGAGCGUUGUAUGGGCAUUACCCAGCCCCUUCUCCACUCUGCCCUGAUCACGGUGGCCCACAUGCGUCUGGCUGUCCUCCUGCUGUCCUCCCUGGCCCUGCUGCUGGCCGGGCUCCCCCUGGUGGACGUGGGUAGUUACACAACUCAAUUCCCUGGUACCUGGUGCUUUCUGACAGUCCACGGGCCGCUCUCCACGGCUGACGCCAGCCUGGCCCUCACCUUCUCCGGCCUGGGGCUCACGGCGCUCAGCCUCUCCCUGAUUUGUAACACCCUGAGCGGGCUGGCUCUGCUGCAGGCCAGGCUCAGCUCCCAGGGCAUCAGGACAAACACUACAGCAGCACCAGGACGAUAUGGAAGAACCUCCUCCUCUCCCCUACGCUCGCUGGAUGUAGAGAUGAUGGCCCAGUUGACAGUGAUCACGAUGGUGUCCUGUGUGUGCUGGAGCCCCUUUCUAAUCUCCAUCUCUCUGCUGGUGGGUCAGUUCUGUCGCGGCGGGCGAGGCUCCAGCCACACGGUACGUCAGUCAGAGAAGCUGGUUCUGUUGGGCCUCCGCAUGGCCACCUGGAACCAGAUCCUGGACCCCUGGGUCUACAUCCUGCUCAGACGGGCUGUGCUACGCAGGGUCUUCCGUGUCCUCCAACCAGACUCCAGGUCCACCCUGACACAGAGCAGCUCCUGCACUACAGCCUCACGCAGACAGGGGAUCGGACUACACUGA